AUGAAAGUGAAAUGUCCUUUUAGAUUGAGAUCUGCGUUGAGUGGCACCGGUUGGAAGGUGAUGGUUAGAUGUGGCUUGCACAAUCAUAAACUAUCUGAGAAUUUAGAUGGCCAUGACAUAUUGGGUCGUCUAAAAGUUCAUGAGAGACAGUUUAUAAAUGACAUGACGAAGUAUAACAUGGCUUCACGGUACAUAGUUCCUGCCUUGAAAAACAAAUAUCCAGAAAACCUCACAAGUGUUACCCAAGUGUAUAAAGUUAUAGCUACAUACAAUAAGAGCAAGAGAUGUCCAUUGACGGAAAUGCAAAUGUUGUUGACUCUUAUUCAUGGAGAAAAAUAUAUGUGCAGGAAAAGAAAUAAGGAAGACUGA